AUGAAUUCCUUAUUGAACUCCCUUUGCGGCUCGGAGAAUUCUGACGCGGGGGCGGACUAUGAGCUGAUGUCGGAGCCGAUCUACAAUGCUGACCACCUCCCGCUCCGACUCAACACGAAGGAGCGUAAGAUUCAGCGGUUGAUGCGCGGCGUCAUCAUGGCCUCUCACUAUACGGAUAAGGUUGAUAAUGAGGCUGUACUAAAAAGCAAUAAGCGAGACGCCAUUAUAGUCAGAGAGAUCACGAAUGCACUUAGUGGUCUUAUUGUUGGUUUGGACGUUGAAAAGGGGUCAAAGCUUCUUCGGGAAAGGGACUUCUCUCCCUUUGCAAGGGAAAUCCAAUUAGCGAUUGAGGCGUCUAGGCGAUAUAAAAUGAUGAAUCCUGACUUUCUUCGAACGGACUACGUAAAAUUUCUUUAUAUGGUUCAAGAUGCCGUUCAGAAUGAAAAUGUACGGGAGAUGUUGGGCUUCGUGGUGGCCGAAAAACUGAUGACAGUGGGCUUCUACUGCCGCACCUUGGGGUUUGAGUCAAUACUUCGGGACAAGCGCAUGCCCCUGUGUAUUACGCCUGUGCCGCUCAUGAAAAAUAGAAGCAAGUUAAACCGGGCCCUGCGCCACAAGGAUGUCACAGUGAACAGUCUCCUAAAGGACUAUAGCAAAUUAUCCGGUCGGACGCCUGACGAGGUGGAGAUAGCUGUUCGUAGUCUUAACGACGCUAACCACUUUGCCAACGAUAAUGUGGAGAGUACAAAUCAGCUGCUGCAGUUACUUAAGGAGUUUUUUUCACCAGAUGCACCAACGGAGUUUACGAAUUUGGGUAUUGAAGAAGGCGAUAAUGGAAGUCGAUUGUCUCACAGUCACAGACGGCAGUACUUUUUUGUUUUGCAAAGCCUUUCACUUUGGAGAAACAUUUGCCGUCAUAUGUUUUCUUUUUGGACCAUUGCGGAGGAAGACAUGUUAAAUCCAAAUGAGCCGUACGAAUUUCGUUUUACAGGCCAAGGUUACCAACGUGUACAAACAGCCCCAAAACUCUACAAUGCCAUCAGUAAGGUUGUACAACAAACAAAAGAAGAGCUUGGAGAAUGGGUGGGCUCGGAUUAUAUACAUCUGGGGGAUGAUCAGGUGCCAAAUGCUUUUCACUUUAUUGACAAGUAUGCUCAGGUGUCACGGAUUAUAAUCCCUAUUCUUCGGACAGUGUCUCAUAUUGAUACCCUGGCAGAGAAUUUUGAGCACAAUGCCUACAUGAAGGAGGUCUGGAAUGGUGCAGUAAAUGCAAAAAAAGCCAUAUUACGGGAUUUUUUCCGGCAUGGCUUUGAUGGCAGCGGAGGAGAUAAUAUGGAUGACGCCGGUAGCUGUGUUGACGGCCGACUAACUAGUGCAUGGAACUGGUGCAACAAUAUUCGCUGGAAGCCGUUCUAUCCGCUUUUUCUUCUGGCUGGAUUUAGUUCAUUUGAUGGCGAGCUUGGUCUGUAG